AUGAGCUUCCUCGACCGCUUCCAAGGUAAAAUCGCGACCGUCACAGCUCAAGGACAUCUUAAGAAAGCAGACGGAAGCGAAGAGAUUCGUGUCGGUGCUCCGAAGCGCAGAUCACAACCACAGCAGCAAAAGUCUGCACAGCAGCGGCCAGUUGAAAAUAACAACAGCCUCUACGACGGCCAAACCAUGUUGCGACAGCCAACGAAGGUCCAAGUCCGGACUGAUCUGGGUCGAGCUGCGGCUAGUCCCCCACCUCCUAUUCAAACCCAGCGUUCUCCGAUGAAGAAUCCUCCUCACGAGUCUCCAAUAGCGUCUCCAAGGGGAAGAGUGAACAGCUACCAGUCCAAAAGCGCUCGUGGUGCAGUAGAUUACGACUACUACGAGCCUACCGGAGUCCCAGGCCGCGUUCUAGACGACUAUUCAGAUGUCCAGCCUCCACGUCAACCUCUAACUAUCAGAUCUCCUGACCACAAUACGAAGAACGCAUCGAUGCAAAACUCGCCUAAAGAAUGUCGUUCUCCAAGAGAAAUCAACGAGGGUCGAGUAGUCACUGAGCAAGACCAGCUAGCCUUCAGUCGCAAGGCUCGUCCUGUGCAGGAAGCUUCAACCGGACUUAAACACCGACGAACUAGUCGAGAAGCGAGCGAAGAAUGA